AUGUCGUCGACGGCGCCGGGGAAGGCGAAGGUGCCGGUGGCGGGGCGGCGGAACGUGCUGGUGACGAGCGCGCUGCCGUACGUGAACAACGUGCCGCACCUGGGCAACAUCAUCGGCUGCGUGCUCAGCGCCGACGUCUUCGCGCGCUACUGCCGCCUGCGCGGCCACAACGUGCUCUACGUCUGCGGCACCGACGAGUACGGCACCGCCACCGAGAACAAGGCCCUCGAGGAGGGAUGCUCCCCCCUGGAGAUCUGCGACAAGUAUCAUGCGAUCCACAAGGAAGUGUACGAGUGGUUCAACAUCAGCUUCGACCACUUUGGCCGGACAUCCACCCCGCAGCAGACAGAGAUAUGCCAAUCGAUCUUCCACAAACUGCUGGACAACAACUGGCUCUCAGAGAACACAAUGCAGCAGGUUUGUUUCACGCUGUUCAAGCCGCAAUUUCCUCGCCCUGUUUCAUGUUAUCACAGGUUCGCUUCAAGGGCCUUACUCUGUCUGUCUAUUGCAGCUCUACUGCAAAUCAUGCCAAAGGUUCUUGGCGGACAGGUUUGUGAGGGCAUACCGGUCGUCCGCGACACAGACCACUUGUUCUUGGAGCUUCCCUUGCUGAAGGAGAAGCUGGAGAAGUACAUCGACGAGGCCUCGGCGACCGGAUCAUGGAGCCAGAACGCAGUUCGCAUCACGGAUGCCUGGUUGAAGGAAGGGUUGAAACCUCGCUGCAUCACCAGGGAUCUGAAAUGGGGCGUCCCUGUCCCACAUGAGAAGUACAAGGAUAAGGUGUUCUAUGUCUGGUUCGAUGCGCCAAUCGGAUACAUUUCCAUCACGGCGUGCUACACGCCUGAGUGGGAAAAGUGGUGGAAGAACCCAGAGAAUGUCGAAUUGUAUCAGUUUAUGGGCAAAGACAACGUCCCAUUCCACACGGUCAUGUUUCCCUCUGCUCUACUUGGUACUGGUGAAAACUGGACUCUGAUGAAGAAUAUUAGUGCGACUGAAUAUCUCAACUAUGAAUCAGGUAUCGAACAGGCAUCAGAUGCAGCUUUCACAUGGGGAGGUCUGCAGAUAAAGCAUAACAACGAGCUGCUAAAGAAUUUGGGCAACUUCAUCUAUCGAGUGCUAAGCUUUAUCGCAAAACCAGAGGGAGCUGGCUACGGCUCCAUCAUACCUGAAGCACCUAAUGCUGAUAUACAUCCACUGAGUCAGUCGUUAGCAGAAACUAUUGGUAAUUUGAUUCAGCAGUAUAUUGAUGCAAUGGACAAGGUCAAACUAAAACAAGGGCUGAAGAUUGCAAUGGCCAUCUCUAGUGAGGGAAAUGCUUACCUUCAAGUCUUGCAACAGCUGAAUCUCUGUCCGAAUGAGCAUAUUUCUUUCGCCGAUGAAAAGGGGGAGAGUGACAAGGCGAAAAGGCCUUGGGAUCUCAUACCAUCAAACCACAGGAUAGGGAAAAUUGUGCCUUUGUUCACAGAGUUGGAAACUCUUACUUUUCUAUCUAACCUAAGGAGAGAAAAGAAUCAGCCGUUUACUGCGUCAUCAAGCUCACAGAACUUUGGUAAACGUGCUUGGGUCGACUGUAUUGGUACUGGUGUAACCAUAGGUGAUAAGCCUGGUAUUGACUUGCAGAUUUUUGAUGUUCCACAGGUUGUUUUUGCAUGCUGCAUAAGUGUAUUUAAGCAGGGGCCAUCGAAGGUGGAUAAACUGUAUGAGAAAUAG